AUGAGGUAUCUUGGAAGCGCAGCCGCUCUUACUCUAGGCCUCCUUGGCGCAAGCCAGGCUCUUGAGGCAAAGAUAUUUGCAGACUCCAACCGCGAUGGCAAGGUAGACAUUGGAGGAAACGACGUCGCUGGAAAGAACACCUGGACUGAGAAGUCCGGUGCCCUCUUCCUGGCCAACAUUGGGGACUCGAACCGCCGCUGCGCGUCGCAAAUUGCUGCUGAAGACCCUUCUGAUGCGCCUCCUCUCCCGCCUGGUGCCGAAGGCGACGGCGACGAGGAUGGCGAAGAUGACGACGAGUGUGGCGGCGGCGACAAUGGGGGCCAAGAGAAUUACAACCCCUCUGAGGGCUAUCCGAACUUCAAUUCUUGCAACGAUGCAAGCGACAACAUCCAGCGCAAUCCCAAGUAUUUGGCGCCCGUUUUAACUGCUCCGAUCCCUACUCUCGGUAAUUCGGCAACGGGGUCUGUUGUGGUUAUCAACCAGACUGCUGCCUCCAAGGUGCGCGUCUUCCUCAAGGAGGGAUCCAAUUGGACCUACAUCGCAUCCAACUACACCUUUAAAGCAGAUCAGCUGCGCAAGGGACUGAGCCUCGGCGUCGACGCUCGCGAGGUUCGCACCGUGGAAUGGGAUGGUAGAGCCACGUUGCAAUUUUCGGUCAAGGACCAGGGCAAGGAAGCCAAGGACAGUGUAGCCAUGCGAGUUGCUCCUGUCCUAACUCAUCACCAUGCCCAGCUUACUGAACAGGUUGUUUCGUCCUGGUACUCGGGAAUACUACCGCCGGAUUCUAGCGUGCAGAAACCGGAGUCUGACAUGCAGAAGAGGUUUGUCGACGACCUUGAGAAAAUCUCCAAGAAGGCAGGCGUCAAGGGGCAGUUUGUGUUGGUCAAUACGACAGACACCUGGGCUCAAGACUUCUUUGAGCCGGGCUACACUACCAUGCCGGGACCGACCGGACCAAUAGUGCUCCGGAUCAUGGUUGCUUCUGCGCAGCACGACAGAAGACAGGCCCAUCGCUGGAUUUUCCGCAAUAUGCGGUCCGACAGCAUGGGUGCGGUCCAGCAGCCCUGGCACGGCUUUACCACCGAUUCCACCGGCAACCUAGAGACGGUCCCUCCGUACACCCUGAACGGCAAGUCGUAUCCCGCGGGGCGCACGAUUAUGGGUUCUCAAAACAAGGAGAAGCCCCAUAUGGUCAAAUUUCUCAACGCCCAGGAAGUGCAGGCGCCCAUCGAGAUGGACACCACCUGGCUGAAAGUCGGGCACGUGGACGAGUUCGUGCAGUUCCUGCCCGCCAAGAACAAGCGCGGCUGGGUUAUGAUGGUCGAUGACGCCCUCGCCGGAUUGGCUAUCCUUCAGCAGGCGCAGAAGCAGGGACACGGCAAGGUUCGUGCCGUGUCCCGCCCCGUGGUGCCGGGCGACGCGCCGGCGACAUGCGUGCCCACGAGCACCAUCGACGACUUGCUGAAGAUGGUCAACAUAACGGACAUUCAAAAGUACUGCGACGAGAGCAUCAAGACCAACAUUGCCAUACUCAAGCGCGAGACGGGCGUCACUGACGCCGAGAUUAUCCGCGUCCCCGCUCUCUUCCAUCCCGAACCAUGGGCAUGCGGGCCAUCGAACAACACCGGGCCCUCCACCACCUCGUCGGCAUCGCCACAGAAGCCGCAGAAGACUCCUGGUUACGCGCCGUCUCCGAGAAAGCCGGGACAGGGCGGCAGCCGCAAGCACUAUGGCAACCUGAAGCCCUACGCCAACAUUCGAGAAGCGGCCGGCGUCAAGCCCGGCAGCAUCAUCCGGCGCCAGGACGGAAGCGCCGUCAUGCAGGUAAGCGCCAUGUAUCCCGGUUGCAUCAACGGCGUCGUCCUCUCAGACAAGGAGUACGUGGCGCCGAACCCCUGGGGGCCCGUCAUCGGCGGCAAGGAUGUCUUGGCGGCGGCCGUCACGGCGGCCUACGCAAAGGCCAACUACACCGUCCACUACAUGGACGACUGGCACACGCACCAUACCAAUGGCGGCGAGGUGCACUGCGGCUCCAACACGAUUCGCAAGACGACUGCCCAGUGGUGGUAG